CUGAAUCGGCAGAUUGAUGAUCUAAAUAAAGACACCGGCAAUGGCUGGCGCUCUGCUGCUCAGCGUACGGCACAGCAGCUGCACACUUGUAGUGCCGCUGUGGAGCCCAGUCAAGCUCGCACUCCUGCUCUAGCUCCCCGUGGUAAAGCUGGUGAAAUGACUCUCGAGGAGCGAAAAGUUGCGGUGUUGGAGGCCAUCACCGAGGCUGCUCGGCUCUGG